AUGGCGAGUGUGACGUCUACCGUCAUGACCAUAGGGGGCACACCCACAAUCUUCGUGCCAUUGCCUACUCCAUAUCCCUCCGAGGAUGGCUGCGGUACGAACAUUUAUCAGUUGGCAAGUACGACACCGACGUUUCUUGCGUGGGAUCCAGCCUAUGGCAAGAGUGUCACCGACGCCGCAAGUUGUAUCCCAUCCCAGGUCUCAACCUGGCGGUUUCAGGACCCGGAUGCAUUGUUAUACACUGCUAUAGGGCCGACCUUUGUCUGUCCUGAGGCAUACUCGACCGUGUCCACCACAGUCACCGCAAGCUCCGUUCAGAAGGUCUACUGCUGUCCUUCUCAAUACACUCUUCUAUCCGCCCACCCAAACGAGGCCGCAGUCUUUCCGUCCCAGUGGACAUCAAUGAUCACCGAGGGCCAGACGCUGUCAUGGUUCACCGGCAUGGCCUCGGGGUCGAGCCUCUCCACGACAACCGUGUUCACUUCCCCCGCGACCAUGUUCGCCGGGCCGGUCAAUGGUUUCAACAUUGCCACCAGCAGCCAGGCCACGGCGACGGAUUCCGCAGCCGGGGGAACGCAGCAAACGACGACUCCAUCUUCUCAAUCUCCACAGUCCUCCGCCUCAUCUACCGGAACGUCAACACUAGGACUAAGCAUAGGGAUAACCCUUGGCAUUGUCUUCGCAGUUCUGCUCUUAGGCAUCGCGGCUUUUGUUCUUUGGAGGAGACGGCGGGCAAGGCUGGCUCGGGCGCACUCCAAAGGCAGUGAUUUUGGCGCGUCACCGGACAAGACGGAGCUGGAUUAUGAGGGUUUUGCACCGGUGAUUAGUCCGACCCAACACAGUAAUACACUGGAAGAAUUACCGGUGACUAAAUGGAAUCGAGAUCGAUUUACGAAUUACCAGGAAGGUGGGAAAGAUGACUUAUAG